CCAGAUUUAGCCAUUGCUAGCUGGUCCAACUGCCUCUGCCGCCUCCAUCCACCCCCCACCCCGCCGGCGAUGCUAUUGUACACCGUCCAGUUCCUCUGCUCCGUGGUCGCUGCUUUCGCCCGCCUCGUCCGCGUCCUCCGCAAGGCCAUGGCAUCCGUCCUCUGCUCCCCGCCGGUCUCCCUGCCCGCCACCACCUCCCCUGCGUCGUCCGCGCCGCUCUCCAUGUGGAGGAAGGCGCACCCGGCUCUCGGCAUCACCGUAGGGGAUGCGCUGCGUGAGCGUGACCAGAGGGAGGCCAGGGAGCAGCUGCUGAUUGCGCCGGCGGUGGACGCUUUUGCGGCGUGCAACGGCAGUGGUGUCGGCGCGCAGCAGGUCGAGUCCGCGAAGAAGGCGGCGCGGGGUGCGAGGAAGAGGCCGUCGAUGCUGGUCAUACCCGUCGCUCCUGAGGCCGUCGAGGUGGCGGCUGGCUGGGGGGCGGUUGUGGCCGAGAAGGAGGCCGAGGUGGAGGUGGAGGGGGAAGGGUUUUGGUUGGCGAGCAGGAGAGGGGCGAGACAUGCAAUGGAGGAUGCAUAUGGCGUGAUCGCUCAGAAAGUUGGAGGAGAUUCCCAGCUGGCAUUCUACGGUGUGUACGACGGACACGGCGGCCGCGCAGCGGUGGACUUCGUCUCCGACCACCUCGGCAAGAGCGUGGUCGCUGCUGUGCUGGCCACGACGACGGAGGAGGCGCAGGAGGCAGAGCCGUCGUCGUGGUCGACGGAUGCUGUCUCGGCGGCCAUCAGAGCCGCCUACUUGGCCACCGACAGCGAGCUCGUGAAGCAGGGCCUGAGAGGUGGCUCAUGUGCCGCAACGGCGCUGGUCAAGGACGGCGACAUCUACGUGGCGAACCUCGGCGACUGCCGUGCCGUCAUGUGCCGCGACGGCGUGGCGACUGCCGUGACCUCCGACCACACCGCCGCGAGGGAGGACGAGAGGUCCCGCAUCGAGAACUCGGGUGGCUACGUGAGCUGCGGCAGCAACGGCAUGUGGAGGGUGCAGGACUGCCUGGCCGUGUCGCGGGCGUUCGGCGACGCCGACCUCAAGCGGUGGGUGAUCUCUGAGCCGGAGAUCAGGAGGCUUCCCCUCACCGCCGGCUGCGAGUUCCUCGUCCUCGCCUCCGACGGCCUCUGGAACAAGGUGUCCAACCAGGAGGCGGUGGACGCCGUCUCGAGGAGCAGCGCCGGUCGUGACUCCACAGGGUGCUGCAAGGAGCUCGUGGACAUGGCGCGGUGUAGAGGGAGCAGGGAUGACAUCAUCGUCAUGGUUGUCGACCUCAAGAGGUUCACGAUAUAGCACGACGAAUGAACCAGACGGAGAGGAUGCAUACUCGCAACAUUUUUGGGAACAAGGGCAGAGCUCUGCAAAUCGUUGAGGAAGAACGUGAGCACCCGUGCGGAUAAUUAGCAUUUUUUUGGAACUGAAUCCUGGUGAGCGAGGACAAUAAUCCUGCUGACCGGCCUCGGAUCUUUGGGGCAGAGUAUGCAGAGAAGGGUGUCACGGAGAAGGUUGGACUAACAAAUCAAAGCUGAUGAGGGAGAGAUGAAGACGGGGAUGGUGAACUGUAGAGAGCUCCUAAAUUUAUCACCUGUACAUAUGCAUAUGUUUGUUUUUUCGUUUAGGAGCAAAUUUAUAUCUCCAAUGUCUUUUUGUCCCUGUAUAUGUAUGUAUAUCACCUGCAUGCUUGUGCUAAAACGAAAUCGAUGGUGUGGACACACUGCAACUGCAGAAGAUUUCGAGUAA